CUGUAUGACAAGGGCUUUAUUUACCGGUUUGGCAUCAUUUUGUUUGGGUUUUUCUGGACUUUAUUUUACGCAAAAAAUCAUACAAACCCGCAUACGUUAUCCAUUGCAAUACAAUAUUUUAACUUCAACGGUGGCCGCUACUAUUAUUGCUUACCAAGUGACUAGUACACGUACCAAAUCUUGUCAAGCAGCCUGGAUGGCUGCGGAAGAUAAACACACUAUACUUAAAGAAGCUAAUUUUUAAUAAUAAACCAUAAUUAUAAGACAAAAUGUUUUUCAAUUUAAUUGCUAAGAGGACUUCGUCAGCACUUUUUGUUAGGUGUCUAAGUCUUAAUAGUUUGUCCUUACCCACAACUUUAAAACAUUUUCCACAACAACAUCAGCAGCAGAAACGUUUUAAAUAUACCCAAAAUAAAGGUGUUAAAGGUUUGCGCAACCGGAAACAUCAAUAUGAAACCAAGGAGAAGCAGGAAAAUAACGAAGAAAUGGAACUCCACGAUGAAUUUCAACAGUCGUUAAAUUUGGAAGAUAGUGAAUAUGAUUUAGUGGCAAAUGGUGCCAUGAAUGUUACCCGCAAAUCAACACAACCUCAAAAUGUACUCGUCAUACAACCCUAUGUUAAGUGGGGCCCCAAACGUGCAACCAUUACUACACCUGAUGACCAGUUGGAAGAAGCUAAAGCUCUUAUACACUCCAUUAACAAUUGGUCAGUGGCUUUAGCUAUCAAGGUGCCCUUAGAAUCACUGGAACGUAAAGCUCUCUUUGGCAAGGGUAAAAUGGAAGAAAUUAGAAAUUUGGUGCAGGAAUUACGUCAGGCUAAAAGUCAUAAUCAGCAACCGCUUACUUGUAUCUUUGUUAGUAAGGGUUCGCUGAGUUUUGCUCAAAAAGCCUUAUUAGAAGCGACUUUUCAUUUGCCCGUCAUGGAUCGUUAUUCGGUGGUAAUACAAAUAUUACGUUUACACGCUACCAGUGCUGAGGCUCGCUUACAAGUGGCAAUGGCCGAAAUACCUUAUAUUUGGUCACAGGCUAAAGAGGCUAAUACAUCGAAAUCAACGAAAUUGGGUUAUUCAUUGACCGACACCCAAAGGGAGAUACUGAAGACGAGGGAGAAGAAAUUGAAAAUGGAAUUAGAACGCAUAAGAAAUCAUAGAAAACUUUUACGCAACAAACGCAAACAGCACAAUUAUCCCAUCGUGGCUGUUGUCGGUUAUACAAACGCAGGAAAAACAUCCAUAAUCAAGGCACUAACUCAAGAACAAACAAUCCAACCGAAAGAUCAAUUAUUUGCCACACUCGAUGUGACAGCUCAUGCUGGCCGCUUACCUUGUAAUCUUGAAGUUAUAUAUAUGGAUACGGUAGGCUUUAUGUCAGAUCUACCCACUGGACUAAUCGAGUGUUUCGUAGCAACUCUAGAGGAUGCCAUGUUAGCUGAUGUUAUACUACAUGUACAGGAUGUAUCACAUGCAUGCUAUGAAGCACAAAAACAGCAUGUAGAGACGACUUUGAAAAGUUUAACACAAAAUAUGUCCUGGGAAACUGAGGAUAAAGUUGAUUUACCACCCAUUAUAAGUGUAGGCAAUAAAAUUGAUUUGCUUAAUAGCAAAGAUGUCAACUCGUUCACGGGUUUAAAGGUUUCAGCUAAAAAACAACAAGGUUUGUCGGAAUUAAUGGUUGAAAUUGAAAAUCAUAUAUUAGCCACCACUAAUAGACGAAAGUUAACAAUACGUGUACCUAAUGGUGGCAUAGAAAUGUCUUGGCUUUAUAAAAAUGCCGCUGUAGUACAUAUAAAGGCUGACAGCGUGGAUUCACAAAACUUACUAAUGGAUAUUGUUAUUAAGGAAAGUGUUUUACAGCAGUUUAAAAAACAAUUUUGUCAAAAAUAAAGUGAUUUUUUUUAAGGAUUUGUUUAAGAGUAUGUUAUAUAUAUUUUUUUUAAAUAUUUUCGUUUUUUUUUUUAUAUACUGUUUUUAAUAAAAACUAUUUUUUUAUAAAUUAGCUAAAAAGUAAAGAUUAAUAUAUUUUGUUUAAAUUGAAGAGCUUAAAGCUAAAGAACAUUGGCAUGACUUAAAAUAUGAAAAA